UUUCGCUGGCUGCGGAGCCGUGCUCGUGGACGGCCUCUCCACUUUUUUCCGCCGCCUUCCGCGCGAACCUGCGAAUCUCUGGAGUGUCCAUACACCUGAGAUGUCUUUUUUCGCUUGGCGCGUGGCUUUCCACUUCGAGCUCAAACCGGCACAACACUUGCAGAUGCUUCGCUCGUCGUCAGGCCGAUUUCCGUUUCCCUGCGACUUUGCGCACAUCCUUCCCCGUCGCUGUGUGUCCCCAGCUCCAUGUCUAGAAAACUCGUGCGACGAAAGGAGGCGAAUCUCAGCGGUGCUUCCACGCGAUUUGUAACCUCCGAACUGGAAAACGGUCUUCCGCCGAUUUGUGCCGUUCCUCAGUUUUGGACCGACGCACCAGAAACCCGGGGGAAAGCGGCGCCGCGCGCCGAAGGAUUUUCUUCUUCUGUGCUCUCUCUUGUCUCUUGGCUGAAUGCGAUUGUCCUUAACUCUUGUCUUUUGAAAACGAAGGCGAAGCUCGCAACAUCCGCAGACGGCGCAAAUCUUCGUCUUCACCGUUUCCCCAGAUUCUUGCCUUUUUUGGGGUCUCCUCUAAGACGUAAUUCUCUUUCUCGUUCUACACUUCCCAGAAGGCUGGCUCCGCCUCCCCCGUUUUUCGUCGUCCGGCAAGUCUCUCGCCCGCUCUCGGGUCCCGCGCGCGUCGAGUUGUGUACAUUCUCGGAUCUGUCAAAGAAUUUUCCCCUCAGUUCUCUCGGCUUCUCUCCCUAUCACCGCCACCUUCCGCUUCUUCGCCUCGGUUCCUCCAAGGACACGCUGCUCGUGUGUUCGAGUUGUGAAUCACGAGGGAAGGAAAUAAAUCAUCGACUUCUCGUGGCUUGUUUUUUUGACAGAGGAACACCGCCCGUGUCUGCUUCCCGUGUCGCGCUUCUGUAGUUCGUCUCGGUCUCUUUCCUGUGCAUGGGCCAUCGGGCUGUCUCCUCUCUCGCUCUUUUCCUCUGCGGAGAGUCGGGGAUCCUUCUUAGCAAGAAAAGUUGAAUCCUGGGACCUGCGGAGGAAAAGAUCAACGCGAUACCCGAUAGGAGUGCAAGAAGCCGACGACUUCAGUGCGGUGAAAAACCUGCAUCGACAAGGACUCAGAGUGUCCCCGAACAUAUCUUUUCUGAGAUGUUUUCGACCCCUCAGAACCGACACGGCAGCACAAGAGCUCGCGAAGAGCGCCGCUCCCCGUUCCAGUUGUUCCCCCUCUCGUUUUUCCAUCGUCCGUGGCGAGCCUCUGUGUUUUUCCCCGGGCGGUAAGCCAACGAGGGAAGCCAGCCUCGACUUCGAGUGCAUGGACAGCGCCUACAGAGAGCAUCCGCUUUGAUUGCGGUGACCUCAUUGUGUCUUCUGGAGUGAGGUGAGCGCAGAGCGCGAGAGGAGGGAAGACGAGACGAGAAUGGCGAGCGAAGUGGAGAGGAGGUAGAGGUCCGUCCUGGCGGCCCUUCGAGUGUCUAGACCGCCGAAAACGAGUGGACGCCUGGCCGUGGUGCGCGCAUUUCUUGUCAAAAGUAACUUUCGAAAUAUUUUCUUUGGAGUCGCUCGAGUCUCCUGUCGAUCGACACACGAGCUUCACCUUCGUCUAGAAAACAGGUCCACUUUUUCCUUCCGUCGGCUCUCUAGAGUUCCCUUCGGUGUUGGAUGUCUUUCCCUCCGCUCGGAGAGGCCUGGAGAAGACGCGUUUGCUUUUGGCGCAAAUUUGUGCUGGGUCGCUUUUCAACUUUCUUUUCGCGGAUGUGUGGGCUUAAGUUUCUCGUAUUUGACGCCUUUGCUUCCUCGACUUUUUGCCGACCUUCUUUCUUCUUUCUCCUCUGCUUUGAGACCUCGUUUCCGUCUUGCUCUCCUGUCCUCCGCCGUUCUUUUCGCGAAGCGUGUCAAACUUUCUGCCGACGUUUCCCCUUGAACGGGGCACUCCACCUCUUUUGCGUCGGCCCAGAUUCACCUCAGAGCGGAGGGCGGCAGGUCGCGUUCGAACACAGAAGAGGGUGGAAGAAACCGGUUCCACCUGAGUCUUGUGUAGUUACACGGGAGCGAUGAGUUGACAUGGACUGAUGCAGUCUGAGGAAGGAACUCUCUCUCUUUUCUGACCUAUCUGAGGAGUAUACUUUUAGUCGUUCUUGCACACAGAGGCCUUUCUACGGGUCUCUCCUUUUCUAUCGGCGUGCCAUUCGCUCUCGGUGCGCUUCUGCGUCGGCAGCCCUCGAUAUUCUUUGCUUUUUCUUCCACUCUCCGCUCUCUGGCGACUCGUUUCCACUCCAUUCACCGCUCUUGCCGAACGCCGAGCCUCCCGCACAGCACAGCUGCUUGCCUGGUCCCGCCGUGAACGCGCAUUUCUUUUGUGUAUCUCUUUCUCGUCUCUUUCCGCUCUUCGACUCCUGUUGGGGGGUGUCUUUGCCCCCCGACGGGAUGAGGCUCCGCGAGCACUCUCUCCUUUUGUGCGUCGACGCCAUGUCGAGAGACUCUCCUGUCGCUUCGCCGGCGCAUUCGGGCGUCUUUGGUCCAAGUGCAGACGCGAAAGUCUCUGAGGUUUUCUCACUUCCGUCGCUCUCUGCAAUCCCACGGGCGGCUUCUGCAAGUUCCCUGUCUCGAGAGAACUCGCUCGUUUCGUCGCGAAGGGCAUCUCCGUCGGUCUCGCCUCCCGCAGGGUCUCCACUCUGGAGGCUCGUGCGUCGGUGUGGCCAAGGAGAGGGAGAGAGGGAGAACGUCGAGCGAUGCAGACUCCGGGAGAGAAGAGAAGAAUGCGGAGCAGCCCGGAGGGGUCCGCCAGCUUCAGCUGCCACCAGCGACUGCUCCUGCCCUUCGGCAGGGGACAGGCGCCGCGUGCAAUCGAGGAGACGAAGAGCGCGAACUUUCCAGGGGAGAUCGUUCUGUGGAAACCACGUUUCCACUGAGGCAGAGAGAGAAGGAGAGACAGAGGGAGAAGAAGAGACAGAGGGAGAAGAAGGGAGAGAAGAAUACGACUCAAAGAGAAGAGGGAGACUAGCGAGAAGACUCGGUCGACGAUUUGUCAUUGCUGCUGCAGAAAGAGGACGGAAGCGAGAGGGGGAAGAGACAAUCGUUUUGCGGGGGAACCAAGGGGAGUGCUGGCAGGAGGCACAGAGAACUGCAGACUCUCCCGACUGCUCAUCUUCGUCCGUUUGUUGUUUCGGCGGGAGUUGUUCGACAGCCUCUCAGUGUUGCGCGUGCAUGCGUCUCGCUUCUGUCUCUUGCCUGUCGCCAAGUUCUUCUUUCUCCACUUUCCAUUGUUCUCUUCCAGCUGUCUCCUCCGCGUCAGCGGCAUUCGUGUGUCCGAGAGAACCCCCCGGAAGUGACUCGAACUCCUCACCCUCCUGUGCCUCUUCUCGUGGUUUCUCUCCGUCUUCGCCGAAAGCAACUGUCUCUUCGUCACGACCGUCGUCGUCUUCAGCCUCGCCGUUGCGGUCUUCGUUGUCUGCGCCUUCUGGUCUGUUCCCUGUUGGAAGUGGCUGCUCUUCCGACGUCUGCGUGUCUGUUCCACUGCCUGCGUUGUUUCGCGGAUGCAGAGUGCACAGCUCUGCACCGAGUUCGCGGACUGAGCAGGGGACCGCGUUGCUGACGGGGGCGCCGCCGUCUGCGAACGAGCUGGAGGCGGCGUCUGCGAUGGCGAAUCCGACGAAUUCUUCGCGCUUUUCUCGCGUGAAAACGGUCUCCUUCGCCACGCUGAGUGAGUGUGGAAGCUCGCACAUCUCGCGUCGGAGCGACUCUGCGAGCGAACCGGAGGCCGAGCGCGAGAAGCCGGGGCUCUGCUCGAUGCGAGUCGCGCGGCGAGAGUCCUCGCCGGCUGCGCGGUCGCCGGGUCGCCAGAGCGAGCGGCGCGGAACCGACAGUUCGUGCACUUCGCUUCCGCAGCGGUCCGACCGCGCAGGGCGCGACCGCGUCGGCAGCCGCGGCUCCGCGGAGCAGCGGAGCAGCACAUCCUCGCGACGCGUCUCCGACCACUCGCGCGCGGAGGCUGGGCUCUGGUCCGCGGGUCCGGGGGACUCGGGCGCGAGUCUGGAGCCGGACCUGGAGAGCCGCUCGGCGUUUCUGCGGCGGUGUCGCGCGCGACUGGCGGCGGCGCGCAGAAAGGUCUGUCAGGCUUUCCAGAGCCUAGCGGAGCACGACCUCGUUUUCCGGAUGAAGGAAGACCUCGCCCAGAUGCGCCACGAGAGCUCGCUGCGCUCUGUGUUCGCCGACGCAUGUCGGGAACGCAGCGGCGUCGAGAUGAGUGAACGCACGCGACUGUCCGUCGGGGGGGGGACGGGGAGGCACUUGUCUGUGGGGACGUCGACGCACAAAGAAGGCUCAACACACAAGGAGGGCAGCGAGAAGGAACGCAUUCGAGACGGAGGCUCGGCGUCUCCGAGCACGCACCUAAGUCGUUCGGGGUCGGGCGAUGUGAUCCUCAGACGCUUCCCUCUCAAGUUUGUCGACCGCGGUCUCGAGGACUUGUUCGCGGACAACAUCAACCGCUGGAUGGCGACGCGUCUCCUCCUUAUGGGCGUGCUGUCCCUCGUCGUCACCAGCGUCAUGUGGCCACUGAUGGCUUGGUCCUUCAACCUCCUCGACGCGUUCAACCACAGCGAACCGCUCGGCAUUCUCUUCCACAUCAACAUGGCCGUCACGGUCUUCGUCGCCGUCCUGUUCAUCGUCACCAAGCGGUGCAGACACCUCGCGGAACAUGCGGAGUUGAUCGCAGACGGAGGCACCUUCCUCGUCGUCACCAUUUGGGGGAUAUGGAAUACGACGGCGUCGUACAUUUUGGAGCACAGCUACGUUCAAGACGUGAUUGGCUCUGCAUAUCCGAUGCAUCCCGCGGACGCGCCCAUCAGUCUGGAGAAAACAUCUGCGUGGUCAACGUCUCUCGAGGCCUCCAGUGCCGUCGCAUAUCUCUACGGCCUGCUUCUGAUCGUCCAGCUGGACGUCGUGUAUCCGUCCAGAACGCGACGCACUUGGCAGGUCCACUUGAUGUUCUUCGGAUUCAGCACCGCGUCGAUUGUCAUCCGCGGAGCCCUAAAUCCGGAUUUCGUCCCUGUGCCUUUCGUCGUUAUUCGCGCCCUCACGUAUCUCAUGCUGACGGUCUUCCUUUUCAUCGGCCGACACGCAACAGAACUGCAGCAAAGGCACACCUUCUACAACUGGCUGACGACGAGGAAGCGCAUGGAUCGCCUGGAGUCGGAUUUGAAGCGUCAGCGAGAGAAGGUGAAGGUUUCGACGGCGGUGGAGCAGCUGGUGCACAUGGUGAAGCACUGCAUGGAGAGUUGUCAGACGGUGGAAAGCGAGGUCGGGUCUGAGCUGCAUGUCAGCUACCGCAGCUUGUUGAUUGACUGCCACCAAACGCUGAGUCGAUGUCUCUCGAUUCUCACCCACACUUCCGACUUGUACACGGUCCAGUUCGGGGACCUCGACUCGGACGCCCAUCGCGACAUCAUUCAGGCGUUCUUGAACAACCACAACUCGUCCCCAGCAGACUGGACUCGUGUGACGACCGCGGCGUACACGCGGGGCGUCGAGGACGGCUGCUGGUCGGCCUCGGAUGCGUCGAGCGAGGCGAAGUCUGGGGACCUCGGAACGCCGUUCGCAGGCUCCGAGGCGCUGGCCCUCGUCCGCAGAGACAGCUCACACUCCUGGGCGUCGAGCCGAGGUGCGUCCGCUUGGCCUCUCCAGGCGAACUGGACGGGAACGCUCGACGGCGUCCACGUCCACGCCUUCCUGCAUGCAGUCCCCGAGGCCUGCGGCGGUGCAGCGACACCCGAGCACGACGGACUCCGCGGCGAGGGCCUGGGAGACCUGGGGCGCGCUUCCCCGCGCCGCCAGGCUGGGAGGCAGUUGACGCGCCUCGACGAAGGCCGCGAGCGGGACUCAGAGCCGGAGGACCUCACAGAUGAUGGCGACUCGGCGGAGCCUCCGAAGAACGCGGCGAGCGAGACGGAGGAGAAGGUCUCCGUUCCCGACAACGGCCGAAAGACCCCGACGCAGGCUCUCGGCGAGAUGAAGCCUGGACUGACCUCGAAAGGUCUCCACGAUACCUUGGCGCGAGUGCGUGCUUCGACGCACAGAGAAGUCGAAAGCCGAGGCCGUGAGCGACGAGGCGACUCUGCUCCUUGCUCCUCGCCGAGCCAGCGACUGACGCCUCAAUCCCUCGCCGACUUCCAGGCUCGACUUCGCUACGAGGCCUUGAUUAAACUCGUGAAUGCUUCCCCUCGGACCCCCGAGCUGUCUUUGGGCAUCCCUGUGAGCGAAGAAGCCGCGCGCGACUGGAACUUCGACUGUCUUCGUCACGCGCAGCUGUCGCCCACACCUCUCGUCGACGUCGGAUAUGCGUUGCUUCACCGAACGAGCGAAGAUAUGAGGCUUCCGCCAGACGUAGUGCUGAGGUUCCUGACGGCAGUCGAGAUCCAGUACAACCACGUGCCGUACCACAACUGCAUUCACGGCUUAAUGGUGGCACAAAAGAUGGUCGCUCUGACUGAAGUCCUCGAGUUGAGUCAGUCGAUCGGCAGCCGGGAUCGGGCCUUGGUCGUCGUCGCUGGUCUCUGCCACGAUAUCGGCCAUCCUGGGAGGAACAACGCUCUUUUCAUCAACGCCCUAGACCCCGUAGCUGUCCUCUACAACGACAAGAGCGUUCUCGAAAACUACCACUCCUGCCUGACGUUCAAAACUCUCGAACUCCCCGACUGCGACAUCUUCUUCUCCCUCAGAACCAAAGACUACCACAUGGUGCGCUCGCUGAUCAUCGAUUUAAUUCUCGCCACCGACAUGAAGAAUCACUUCGAAACUGUCUCUCGAUUCCGUGUCCGGAGAAACGCGCUGGACUUCGACUUGAGCAGCGAAGAAGACUUUUGGUUUGCUGUAAAGAUCAUCAUGAAAUGCGCCGACCUCUCGCACUGCAGCGUUCCGUGGUCGCAGCACUUUCAGUGGUGUCAGCGACUUUCUGUGGAGUUCUACGAUCAGGGGGACGAGGAAGUCGCGCGACAUCUGCCGAUGUCUCCCCUGUGUGACCGCGAAAAGCACAGCGAAGUUGCCAAGUCUCAGCUAGGCUUCAUGAGCUUCGUUGCUGUUCCUCUGUUUGAAGAGUUGAUGGCGAUCGACGGCACUGGAAACAUCGAAAAGUACUGCAUAUCGGUGAUGAAGACGAACGCUUCUCACUGGGAGGCGUUGUCUUCGGCUGCAGUGCCGGUGCCUCUGCUGGGCGAGGCUCCCUCACCCGAUGUCGCUCCUCCACUUCUGCACUUGAUCGAUGGAUCUGGCGCAGCUGCAGUGCAUCCUGGAAGCAAAGCCGCAGAAAUCGCAAACAGAUAUGCUUCGUCAACUGUCACCACUCUCGACUUAACUUGUCUCGUGUACAGAACGCAGUUAAAUCGAGCGCGAAGAAGCAGCCAACAAAGUGGAAGAAGAGUAUCUGAAGGCACAUCCGCCUAGAGCGGCGCUUCUCUCCUCAGCAGACCUCAAACGAUCCAUCGAUCUAUCGAUCUAUCUAUAUAUGUAUAUGUGCAUAUGUAUAUGCAUAUGGAGUGAUCAAAGGGCAUAUCGAACGGUCUAUGUCCGUUGUUACAUACACAUAUCUGUGGAUGUCUAUUUUUAUACAUGUAUAUAUAUAUAUAUAUGCAUGCAGAUAUAGGUUGAUGUGUAUGGAUACGAGUAAGUCCGUCUCUGUAUUUAUAUGUAUAUCUAUAUAUGUAUGUAUUCACAGAGCAGAAGCGGAUUUGAUAACGUGGUGUGUACUGGAGAGAUUCUCUUGCGUUUGCGGAUGCGGAGAGAACGUCGCGGGGGAAGGGAGGGCGUGACGAGAGAAGAACGCGGCGGCGACUCUUCUCUGCAUGCAAACGUACUCUGCAUUCCAGCUGUUUGAUGCAGACGUCAAACCCCCGUGUGUCAAGUACGCGUGCCUCCCCCACACUUGCUGAAUAUGAAAGCGUUUCAAAGGAACCACUGAGGACAGACGCGCGUUGAGAGAUGCCUGCAGGUGCAUGCGGACUCGGGGAGGAAAUCAGGUCUGAGGUCGAAGGCGGUUGAUGUGAAGGAGUAGAGCAGCGCAAGUCGGUUUUUCAAAGCCGCGCCUCCUUUUUCGAGGCGCGAGAACCCCGCGGUCUUGCCUUCGAGUGGCUGCAUGCGAAGGAGGGAAUGCCUGCUGUCGAAGCAGGCUGCAUUAGGUAGAAGGACGCGAGGCAAAAAAGAAGAGGGAGCAAGGAGAAAGAGAGAAGAACGAAAGGGGAGACAGAGAGGAAGAAGAGGAGAGAGCAAAGGAAGGACGAGGGGAGACAGAGAGGAAGAAGAAAGAGAGAGCGAAGAGGAAGAAGAGGAGAAGGAAGAAGAGAAGGAAGAAGAGAAGGGAGAAGAGAAGGAAGAAGAGAAGGAAAGAGAAGUAAGGGCCGAGAGAAAAGGAAAGGGUGUUCAUCGCACAGGACUGGCGAGGAGGGUGACGUCGAUGGCGGCUCGUGGGGACUUUGUGUCUGCUCUGCAGAAGAGAAAAGUUGCGAGAGAAAGAGUGAUGUCGGCCUUCUCCUGUGCCAGGCAGCAACCGGUUGCUGUCCAUGUCUCCAGGAACGCAUUUACGAUUUUGCGUCAGAUGGCGAACUGCAUUUCUCGAUUCGUAGACUUUGCACAGGUUCCUGGAGAAACAGACAGGGGCAAAGGAGGGAUGGAGAGAAACAGAGAAGGGAGCGAAGCGGGAAAGAGGAAGAAGAGCAUUUUUGCCCACGAGGUGGACCGAAAGAGGAGAGAGACAGAGCUGGAUUCGCGCCUCCAUUUUCGAACUGUUUCCUGACUUUUUUGGAACUUAUGAAAACAAGGGAAUAUGGUAGUUCUGCAAUCGUCCGCUCGCAUGUGAAACAGGAAGUUUCCAAAAGUACAGUGUGUGGGGAAUGUGCCAUUCGCGCUGUGUAAAUAUGUGGCGGUCUCAGCUGGAACGCAACAUUUUUCCAGUGGCGUUUUCUGGAUGUUUGUGCGCUCCAGCGUCGUCCCAGUUUCCUUUUCUUUCGAGUGCUCGUCCAAAAAGCGAUUCCAAGCCCCACCGUAGUUUCGGUUCCUAUCGAACUUUGAUGAGACGCCCGCGAAGUGCGUGAACGACUUCGAC